UUAAAUAAAUUUAAUUCAGUGCGUUCGUCUGGGGUCAAACCCAGAAAGAAGAAUCAUCCCUCUUAUUAUCUAUUUCUAUAUCGCAACUCUCAUAAAUUUCUUUCCGACCAAAUUUGUAAAUAAGAAAAAUAAAUUUCUUGAUUUGAAUCAAUCUUCAGAAGUAUGAGCAUGGGUGAUUUUAUCGGUAUUCAGCCCUCAGAACUUAAAUUCCCAUUUGAAUUGAGGAAGCAGAGUUCAUGUUCUAUGCAGUUGUCGAAUAAAACCGAUCAAUACAUCGCUUUUAAGGUCAAAACAACGAAUCCGAAAAGGUACUGCGUUCGCCCUAAUGCCGGCAUUGUUUUGCCCAAUUCUGUGUGCAAUGUUACAGUUACUAUGCAAGCACAAAAAGAAGCUCCACCCGAUAUGCAAUCUCGUGACAAGUUUCUUGUUCAGAGUGUUGUUGCUCCAAGUGGUGCAACGAAUAAGGAUGUAACCCCAGAAAUGUUUAAUAGGGAAGAGGGGAAAGUUGUGGACGAGUUUAGAUUGAGGGUUGUGUAUAUUCCAGCAAACCCUCCGUCUCCAGUACCCGAAGGGGACGAAGAAGGGACUUCACCUGGUACUUCUUCGGCUGAGGAUGACAUUAAAAAAUCCUCGUUUUCCGAGGCUGUAGCUGGCUCGUUGAACAAAUUGAUGGGAAAUUCGCCAUCUUCUGAGGGAUGGUCAACUGUAUCGAAGUUGAACGACGAGAAAGCUUCUGUUCUCAAACAAAACCAAAAGCUCCUUAGUGAAUUGGAAUUGAUACGAAAAGAAACGAGACGAGGACAAGGUGGUGGUGUAUCUAUUAUGAAGCUGAUUUUUGGCCUAAUUGUGGGCUUUAUUGUGGGAUAUUUCAUCAGGAAAUAAGUGAUUAUUAUAAUUAAUUUAUAUUACAAGAAAUUUAUUAUAAUUAAAUUCAAGAACUUGAGGCAAAUAUUUUUUUUUUUCAUGCCAAAAAUUGUUGGCAAAUGCAAUUAUGUAUUAUCAGAAUUCGAACAUGCCCUGCUUUUGAUGGUGGUGAGUGUCAUAUUUUACGUAAAUCGAGCUUAGUCGAAUACUCUAAACGCUCUCGAUUUUGAAGGCAAUAUCUCUGUUUUUUUUUCUUC